ACUUUCCUGUUAGUUUACUCAACACUUGACUUUCGAACAGGAUCAUGACAGGUGAACAGUCGAAUUCGUCCUCUUCGCGGAGGAGCUCAGUUCUUCCCGGCACCAGGAAGAGGACAUCAAGCAGCACCUCCACGGCGCUCUUGCUGUCCGCCGGAAAAAUUACCAGCCUCCUCGUGCAGCCCGUGGCUGUAUCAAGUGCAAAAAUGUCUGGGUCUGGAAGAAUGCAUGUUUGUCAUGCUUGUAUGGCAUGACUCUUAAAGUUAAAUCUGUCAUGCACGUUACCCAAGAGCUCCAUUUUUCUUUGAUGCAGGAACGCAGUUUGUCAUGCAGAAUACGCAACACCUAGAAGCUCGGAAACUUGUCAUGCUCAGCCAGCAUUUGUGGCCUCAUCAUGACACGCCACCCAGCAUGACAAGUUUCCAGACCCAGACACUUUUACAUUUGAUAGUCUGCGGGCGUGAUCUCGGAGGCGGCGCCCGCGGAGUGGCGCGACACCCUGUUGCUCCACAACCUGUACCGUUGCCUCCACAACGCGCCCCCCCUGGUGUGGAACACGGACCUGGCGGCGAAUUCUAAAGCCUACGGGGACACGGCCUGCGGGGUGACACUCUGUGGCGGUCAUAUGGAUGUGGCAGAGUUGAAAGGGACAAAGUUGAAAUAAUUUGUCAUGCAUAAAAUGGAUGCCAGUUGGAACCCAGUUUCCAAGUGGUGCAAGACAAAUUUCGGUGGUCCCUAAAUCCACUCUGUCAUGCUGUUUAGGCAAAGAAGAGCGAUUUUCUCAUGCUACUUUAGCAGCUCGAGCUGUAACCCCAAACAGGCUUACAAUCGGCCUCACUUGCCUGCUCUGCAACGCACGUGCCUCGGGUCGUCAUGCAUUUUAUGCAUUACAAAUUAUUUCAACUUUGACGAUUUCGAUCCUGACAGAUCCAUAGGCCACUCGGCGGACAGCACCAGGCAGAACAAGUACGGGUUUACCGGCACCAUUGGCGAGAACAUCGCGUACGGCACGGCCCUGGCGACGCAGGCGAACUGGGUACCAAAUGCAAAAAUGUCUGGGUCUGGAAGAUUCCAUUGCGAGAUUUGUCAUGCUUGUCUGGCAUGACCAAAAAGUUUGUGAUGCGUGUCCAAGAAGACACCCUUUUGCCUGUCAUGCAAAAACGCGGUCUGUCAUGCGAAAAAAGCAACACAAGGAAGCGCAGACAUUUCUCAUGCUUGACUGUGCAUUACAAAGCAUUCACUAUUCCCAGCGCAGUAUUACAAGUUUCCAGACCCAGACAUUUUUGCAGUUGAUACUGGGGCCAGGGCACCAAGUGGUGGUACGAGGAAUAUCCUAUGUAAAAACGUCCCCACACGACCAGAGUUGUCAUGCAAAUAUGCAAUGACAGGAACAUUUGUAAUGCGCAGCUCCAUGAGCAUGAGAGGAAUUUCCAAUCGUGUUUUGGAAUUUGUAAUGCUGUAGACAGGAUGUGAAAAUGGCUUUCUCAUGCGGCUUCUCUUGCCAAUCAGCACUACACUGCAGAGGGAGACUUGUGAUGCACAGCUCCCAAAACUUGGAAAUUUGUGUUGCUAGAUUCCCAACUUGACUAGGGGGUGGAGACGUUUUUAAAUACGAUACGGACGAGAUCAUCCUCACCACCGGGUGGCCGACGGGGAGCGUGUCCGCCAACACCGUCUCGGUCAGCUCCGUGAGUAUAUCCACAGGAAAUUCAUUCCCGUACACGUAAGUACAAAUUCUCGGCUUCGACCUUCCUAGUUCAGCAUGACAAAAAUGUUACACUCCGAAUUGGCGAAAUUUGUGUAUGCAUCUUGUUGUACAUGUACUACGGGAAAUUUGUAUUGCAUAGAUUACCACGGGAAUCACCACCGCGGUGGCGGCGUGGACCAACGAAGCCGCGGCGCAGGGCAAGGGCUUGGCGACCGGGCACACCAGCGCGAUCGGGCACUACACGCAGGUGGCGUGGGGCGACACGUGGGAAAUCGGCUGCGUGGGCUACAUAUCCUGUGCAAAAGUAUCGUACUCGUAGUAAUUCUUGCAGUCAUGCAUUACGAAUUUCCUUCUCAAGUUGAAUCCGCAUUACAAAUUUUAUUUCUCACGCGGAGGAAAUUUCAAUUUGUCAUGCGAUUUAUACAACUAGAACUAGUGCGAUGCUUUUGAAUUUCAUACUACACCGCCGGGAAAAAUGUGUUGUGCCAGUACGGCCGCGGCGGCAACAUCGACAUAUCCAGGAAAAAACACCCAUCCCCAUCCAAUUUGUCAUGCAAAACAUGCAUAAAGUCCACUAUUUGUCAUGCAAAAAAUGGAUGGGGAUGGGUGUUUUUUCCUGGAUACGACACCUCCGCGUACUACGCGGCCAACCUGUUGUAUGGAUGUGUCAGGAUCGAAAUCGCCAAAGUUAAAAUAAUUUGUGAUGCAUAAAAUGCACCAUAGCGCGAAAUACGUGUGUUGCAGAGCAGGCAAGGGUGGCCGAUUGUAAGCCUGUUUAGGGUUAGAGCUCGAGCUGCUAAAGUAGCAUGAGAAAAUCAGUCAUCUUUGCCUAAAAAGCAUGACAAACUGGAUUUAGGCAUCACCAAAAUUUGUCAUGUGCCACGUGAAAACUGGGUUCCAACUGGCAUCCAUUUUAUGCAUGACAAACUAUUUCAACUUUGACGAUUUCAAUCCUGACACUCCCAUAUGUUGGCUGUGUCGAAAACCGAGCUGCAGUGCGUAUCGAAUGCAAAUAUGUCUGGGUCUGGAAGAGUUGGAACUUGUCAUGCUAAAUCUGAAUCAGGCAAAAAACUGUGUUGCGUGAUGGCUAAAAGUUGCCCGCUUUUGACCUACUCGCGAGGCAGUUUCUCACGCAGGAUAGGCAUUAGAAAGAUCUCGCAGAAUCUGUCAUGCUAUUCCCUACAUACCAGACCUCAUGGGUCAUGGAAAACCUGCAUGACAAAUCUGGCACUCUUCCAGACCCAGACAUAUUUGCAUUUGAUAGUGCGCGGGCGCGAACGACGACCAGUACCAGGUGCAGGGCUCCAUCAAGGUGCACAUUCCGGGCGCGGCGGUGUCGGCCUGCGGGAGUGGCGAAAGCUUCAUCACCAGUGGCAUCGAAACGCCACUGAAGGAGACCUUCAAAGCCUAUUUCAGCCUGAUAUGGGAUUCUCAACUGUUACAUUCUCAGCUGUUACAUGAAUUUGUCAUGCAAAAGCACCAUCAUCAUCCUCACGAUCAACAUCAAGCUGCUCCGCAUGACAAAUUUGUGAAGGUCUAAACCGCACCUAAAUCGGUGCGGAAUUUGUAAUGCUACAGGUGCAACCUUCCCCCUUCCAUUUUUCCAAUUCUUGCAUCACAAGUUCAUGUACUUAACAGUUGAGAAUGUAACAUUUGAGAACGCCAUACCUGACCACUACUCCGUUUGACGUCUACAUUGAAACCGCUCCCAUGUACGGAAGAAAGUGCGCCGCCGAGUCGUCGGGGCUUUCCUAUUAUGCAUUGCAAAACAAGUUUGAUUAUAUCGUAUCGAUUUGUAUAAAGUAGUUGCAGUACAAUUGCAACAUGUUGACACGUCUGCUUUAUGGUCUUAUAAAAAUAUACCUGAAAAAUAAAAAUUAGAAUCUGGAUGAUCUGCAUCAAAAAUUGAUGUCAACAUGGUGCCGGUGCAGUUUACGACUUCGUGCGAUAGACUACUUGAACUUGUGCCUCAUCCAUACCUGCGAGUUCGGAUUCAUCCUGCGUUCGCUGACCGCGGCGAAGGCAAAGUGCGUCAAGACCGCGUUGAGCACCAACGCGGCGGACAUGAUGACCACGUUCACGACCAAAUGCGCCGCCCACCCGGAUUCGCAGACCGGGGCCUGCGCCGAAGUGAUGGGGGGCGUCCCGACUGCGCUCUCGCUCGGCUCCGUCUUCACCCUGGGCUACAGGCCCGCGAUGGCGAACGAGGCCAGCGUUACCGCCGACGCGACCUGCACCGGGGGCUCUUCGACACCAUCUCCGACACCCUCGCCGACACCCUCGCCGACACCCUCGCCGACACCCUCGCCGACGCCCUCGCCGACGCCCACGCCUUCGCCAACGCCAGCCACUCCCAGUAUAGUUUUUCCUUGAAAAAGAUUUUCGCCAUUUCGUCCGUUUUUCUUUAAACUUCAAAGGUUAAGCACGCGCUUGUUGUUCUUAUCGACCUACGACUAUGGGAUUCAACUUGUUACAUGUUCUUGUUCAACAACAACUUCAAAUGUAUUUCAGGCACCCCCUUCGUGAUCAACGGGAAAACCAAGCUUUCCUUUACCACGUCCGCAACCUGUACAGCGGACUACCUGACCACCACGUUGGGGCCCUCUGUGAAGACGGGGAUGGCGAGCUUUCUCAGCGUGACGGAGAGCCUACGCUUUGGAAAAUUAUUUUAGUAUCUUGCUCGUGAUGUGAGAAGUUCAAGUUUUUCUUGGAUCACAUAAAAGAGUUCUUCACGUUCAAUACAGAAACAAGAUGAAAUCUGUCAUGCUGAUUCAGGCAUUUUUAAGGAGGAGACUUGUAUUCAUGCUGUAUCUUGCAAAAAGAAAAACCACGUUCUACUUCUUUCUACGACGAGUACGAUAUAAACAUUUUUCGACGUUAUACCACCGGAUCGCGAUCAACUCGGCUACUUGCGUCACCCGUCGGCUGGCAGAGGAAGAAGAAGACCUGGCAACAAAAACUGGCGGCCACGAAGGAGGACUGUCCGCUAGCAAACGCCGGCUGGCGACGGUUGCGGGCGAUUACACCUACACGGUGUCCGGGUUCGCGUCCGAAGCAGCAGCCCAAACGGCCGCCGGCCCGCUGAUUGCGAUCUUGGGGGACACCGUAUCAACUGCAAAUAUGUCGGGGUCUGCACGAACAGUGCAACGUGUGAUGCUGCAUUUGGAUGCUAAAAAAAAUCUGUAUUGCAUGAGCAGCAAGAAAAGUCAAAUUUGGCUACACCGAUAGGGCAUUGGUCAUGCGGAAUGCGCAUCGAUAUUAAGCGCUCAAAAAAUCUGUGAUGCUAGGCCAUACAUAACAGAUAUCGUGGAACAUGGAAAAUGUGCAUGACAAACUUGUCCUCUUCCAGACCCAGACAUGUUUGCAGUUGAUACACUGUGCCCACAGCCGACGACGCGCUGGUGUCCGCGGUGAACACGGCGCUACUUUUAUCCAGGGGAAAAACGUUACAACCCCAGAGUUGUAGUCAUGCAGAUUUGCAAUGACAGGAUUCGAUUUGUGAUGCGCAUCCCCUCCCUGUGGGGCAUUUACAGUUGUGUUUUGUGAUUUGUAAAGCUGUAAACAGGAUAACAAGCCAAGUAUAUGAAUUUGUAAUUCGGCUGCGCUUGCUAAAAACCUCCAUACGUACUACACCAUGAACUGCAAGAACUUGUCCUGUGUGGCUGCUAAUAAAACUUCUAGGCUCUUUGUGUUGCAAAGACAAAGUGCGCAUCUUGACUCUGGGUAGUUGAAGACGUUUUUACUCAGGAUAGACGUCCAAUUCUGUCUCCGGGGUGACGGCCGCCUCGGCACAAAGCGACUCGACUGGGUUCAGCGUGUUGGACCCAUCGGCGGUUGCGUCGACGACGUCCUCUGACGACGACGGUCUGGACGGGGGCAUUGUUGCUGUGAUUGUCAUCGUGUGCCUCCUCGCCGUCGCGGCUGCCGGCGGAGCCGCCUACUACUUCCUGGUCCUCAACAAGCAGGUAUCCUGUGCAAAACAAGUAUCGUAUUCGUAUUGCAGUCAUGCAUCACAAAUCUUUUUCUUAAGGUAAAUCAGCAUUACAUCAAAUUUUAUUUCUCAUGCUGAAUGCAUUUAUACGAGUACGAUUAUACUUUUGCAAUUGAUAGCAGGGCGCGGCAAGCAACGACUUGAGUGAAAAACCUGGCGGCGACCGCGAGGGUAGCGCCGCCCAUCCGAAGGAUGUGAUGCUGGAAAUGCAAGAUCACGCGUAUGACCGUGUACAAGAACUCCCCCUCGCACUCCCCCUCAUUAUGUUCCAUUUGCAUGGCAUGAGCAGCAACAAAUGUGGCUCUCUUAUGACAAAUUAUCUGCACACGGAGACGGAUUGUAGUACUGUUACAAGGGGCUGCAAAGUUUGUCAUGUCCAUGCGAACUAUGCUUAGACGCAUGCCAUGAAGUGGAUUUGGUUUUGGUAUUUUGCAUUGCAAAUGAGGGGCGGAAGCAGGGGGAAUUUUUGUGCACCCUCAUAAAAAUGCGGGCGCGGAAGACAAGAUCCCGGCUUCCGCUGCGGAUAUGACACCCUGAGAAUGGACAUGCUCAAAGUGGAAAUAAUUUGUGAUGCAUGAAAUGCGACACCAAAAAGACUGUAUUGCAGAGAACGCAAUGGAAGCCGACUAUUGUGCAUCUACGGGCUCAGACUUGGGCUCCUGAUUAGCAUGAGAGGAGGGCACCCCUUUGCCUAACUAGCAUGACAGACACGUUUUGAGUGCCCGGGAAAUUUGUCAUGCGCCGACUAUAAAUGGUGCUCCAACUGGAGUCGUUUUUUUGCAUUACAAAUUAUUUCCACUUUGAGGAUUUCCAACCUGAGGCUUUCAUAGCGGACGCGGUGCUUGGCGACGAAAUCGGCGAUGCCGUGCCCGUGCCGGACGGUGACUUUGACCAGGAUACCGAAAUAUGCAUUGCAAAUGAUAUGUCUGGGUCUGGAAAGUUGUGAUGCUAAUUUGCGGAUCACAAGCAACCUCUAAUACGGGGACACGCAUGUUGACAAGUUUCUGAGCGACUAGGUCUUGUGCAAACUGCAUGAGAAACUGCGUUUUUGCAUUGAGUACAAUAAAACAGCUCGGUUGCGCUAAGCGCAACGUGCAUGACAGAUCUUUGUCUCGUGUCAGCAGAGCAUUACAAGUCUUACAACCUCCCAGACCUCCCCUAUUUGCAUUUGAUACGAAAAGGCGGCAAUCAAAAUCCAAUCCGCGCAUCGUGCGAGCCAGGCCAAGCAGGAAGUGGAAGAGAGGAAGGCCGUCAAGGCUGCUAUCCUGUGCAAAAGUAUCGUACUCGUACUGCACUCAUGCAUUACAAAUCUUUUUCUCAAGGCAAAUCUGCAUUACAAAUUUUAUUUUUCUUGCUGAAGAAAUUUGUAAUGCAUUUAUGCGAGUGCGAUAGUACUUUUGCUAUGCAUAGCUGCCACGGCGAAACAAAUUUCGAAGCCCGGAAAGGCAAAGGCGAAAAAGAAAGCGGGGACUAGCCCCCGGGGCGCGGGUCACGGGACCACGAGCCCCCGGGGCGAGCCAAAGGCCGCGUGAGUCAAAGCACUUGAUGAUGGGGUGGAAAUAAUGGGGCGAGGGGGCAAAGUCGGGGAAGUUGAGGGACCACCUAGGACCUCUUUGGGUUGUUAAUUCGUAUUAGUUUUUGUUUUUGGUUAUAAUUUCAACAGUUUGA